UCUCUCUUGGCGCUCUGGUCAGUCCUUCUUGCACAGACCCUUUUGGCUGUCAAGAUUCGACACCGAGUCUCAUCCCGUUGAAAAGAGCGAAUUUCGUGCCACUUUUCUCCCGUCGGCGCCAUCAUGAAGUCGAUAGUGAGGGCGCUGUUUGUGGCCUGCUGCGUGGGCAACUCGCUCGCCGCCCCGUCCUCGUCGUUGGCGGAGCGGUGGUCGGUUAGGAACGAGUCUCACAGAGAUGGAGCCUCCCGGCAAGACGGACUGGGCUUCAUCGUCGAGCGGUUCAGGACGCGCAACGCCCGGCCGGGCGACGCGUUCGAGGCCAAGAUCAAGGGCCUGCUCGGCAACGUGGCCGACGACGAGACGGUCAAGUACGCCAUCGAGAAGGCGACGUCGGGGGCCGAGUGGGUCAGGAUGUCGGCGGACGGCAGGCUCACGGGGCGGCCGACGAUGGGGUCCAAGACGGGCAACGUGACGGUGUCGGCGACGGGGUCCAACGGGGUGCCGACGCGCAUGGAGGUGACGGUGCCGGUGUCUACUCUCUACAGCAACACCACCGACACCAACAGCACCAACAGCACCAACAGCAUCAGCACCAACAACAAGGCUGGCGGACUGGGGAUCUGGGGCUCCAGAGAGGCGACGUUUGGGGUCAUGUCGUACAACCUGUGGUUCGGGGGCACCAAGGUCAACAACUACCACAACAAGCAGGUGCGGUUCCUCAGCGAGUCGGACGCGGACAUUGUGGGGCUGCAGGAGACGUGGGGAGGGCACGCGCAGCGGCUGGGGGAGGCGCUGGGCUGGGACUGGUGGCAGGGCGACGACGUGGGCAUCAUCUCGCGAUACCCCAUGGUGGAGCGCUACGAACCCGUGGGCCGGGGCGGGUCGGUGCGGGUGCGGCUGGACGGGGGCCGCGAGGUCAUCGUGUGGAACGUCCACCUGGGCUACGACCCGUACGGGCCCUACGACUUUUGCUUCGACCACCGGAGCAAGGAGGAGGUCAUGGACCGCGAGGGCGAGUCGGGCCGCACGGGGCAGAUCGCCGAGGUGGUGGACGCGAUGCGCGCGCAGCUGGAGCGGGCGGGCGAGACGCCCGUGGUGCUGACGGGCGACUUCAACGCGCCCUCGCACCUCGACUGGACCGACCGCACCCGCUACCAGCACUGCGGCGUGGGCGACUUCCCGUGGCCCUCGUCGGUGACGCCCGCCAACGCCGGCCUGCGCGACUCGUACCGCGAGGCGCACCCGAAUCCCCUCGUCGACCCGGGCUGGACCUGGUCGCCCAUCUUCAACGACAACGAGGGCCGCCCCGAGCCCAACGACCGCAUCGACUUUGUCUACCACCGCGGGCUGACGACGCUCGACUCGAGCGCCGUCGUCGUCGGGAGCCCAGAGCCGGAGCCGAACCACCAGGACAACGAGUGGACGUCGGACCACGCGGCGGUGCUGACGCUGUUUGCCUUUAGGAAUUAGCUGACUUUCAUUUUUGCCCAGUAACUAAGCUCCUCGCGGGGGAAGCGGGGGUCUGGAGCAGCGUCUCCGAGGAGGAUGGGAGGAAAAGAGGGAAUAUCGUAUCGGGCGUUGGGAAGCGCGUCCUUUUUUUUUUUCUUUCCGUGGUACGCAUGUGGAGGACGGGGAUGUUUCUGCGUGGCACGGGAUAUCAUAAGCUUACAAAAGUAAGUUGCUGCUCGGCGAGCGCCUGAUUUGUACUACUACAACCACAAAAGCCGUCUUGUAAGUGUAAGAAAUAAUGUAUGUAAUGUAAUGAGGGAAGGAGGCAAAAGACAGAAAAGGGUGUGUAACACACACACAUGGGUUGGAU